AUGCCUAUCGAAACCCCCAAAGCCAGCUCCCUCAAAGAUCUAUUCAGUCUCAAAGACAAGGUCGUGGUCGUCACCGGCGCCUCUGGGCCCCGCGGAAUCGGCCUGGAAGCAGCCCGCGGCUGUGCCGAAAUGGGCGGCAACAUCGCCAUCACAUACUUCACGCGACGAGAGGGAGCCGAGGCAAAUGCUAAAGCCCUGGAAGAGGAGUACGGCAUCAAAACCAAAGCCUAUAAAUGCGAUACUUCAAAAUGGAACGAAGUACAAGAGCUAGUCGCAAACGUGAUCGCCGACUUCGGCAAGAUCGAUUCGUUCAUCGCGAACGCGGGCCGCACCACCGACAAGGGUGUUCUCGAUGGCUCGGUUGAAGACUGGGAGAACAUCAUCCAGGCAGACCUUAACUCGGUCUUUUACUGUGCCAAGGCUGUUGGUCCGCAUUUCAAGGAGCGCCGCACGGGAAGCUUUGUGAUCACUGCUUCGAUCUCGGGGCAUAUUGCCAAUUACCCACAGGAGCAGACUUCGUACAAUGUUGCUAAGGCUGGAUGUAUUCACAUGGCUCGCUCAUUGGCUAAUGAGUGGAGGGACUUUGCUCGUGUUAACAGUAUCUCGCCUGGAUAUAUUAAUACUGGAUUGGGGGAUUUUGUGGAUGCGGAGACCCAGGAGGGUUGGAAUAAAAUGAUUCCUAUGGGUCGCCAAAGUGAUCCUAAGGAGUUAAAGGCGGCUUAUGUGUACUUUGCUAGUGAUGCUAGUAGUUACACUACUGGUGCGGAUCUGCGGGUUGAUGGAGGUUAUAUUUGUCGGUAA